AUGAUUUCCGACAACGAUCUCUAUACUCUCGCCAUUUUCCUUGGAUCUGCUGCUAUGCUUCUCAUUAUCUUAUACCACUUCCUCGAGAGCGGCGCUGCGAAAACGAUACGCGAAGAAACGAACACAUUGUACAUUAGCCGGGCGACGCUGGGAAAGGCCAUUAUAAAUGAUAGCGUCGGCGUCUUGGAACAAAAGACACAUGCACGGCCACAUUAUACAAAGAUUUGA